AUGGUUUUCAAACGAGCUAUAUACAUUGUUGCAGCACGUCGUACUCCAUUUGGUACAUAUGGUGGUAAAUUAAAAGAUUUUUCAGCUACACAUUUACAAGAUCUUGCUAAUCGUGCUGCUUUUAAACAAGCAAAUUUAUUACCUGAAUAUAUUGAUAGUGCUAUAGUUGGAAAUGUAAUGCAUUCAUCAGCAGAUGCUGCUUAUAUUGCUCGUCAUGCUGCCUUACGUUCUGGUGUACCAAUUCAUGUUCCUGCAUUAACUGUUAAUCGUCUUUGUGGAUCAGGUUUUCAGUCGAUUGUAUCUGGUGGACAAGAAAUUGAAUUAGGUGAUUCAAAUAUUGUAUUAUGUGGUGGUACAGAAAAUAUGUCACAAGCUCCAUAUGCCGUACGAAAUAUUCGAUUUGGAACAAAAUUAGGACAAGAUUUAAAACUUGAAGAUACUCUUUGGCAAGGUUUAACUGAUGAACAUAUUAAAACACCAAUGGGUGUAACAGCGGAAAAUUUAGCAAAAAAAUAUAAUAUUACACGAGCAGAUGCUGAUCAAUAUGCAUUACAAUCUCAACAACGUUGGAAACAAGCAAAUGAUAAAGGUGUUUUUAAAGAUGAAAUUGAACCAAUAAAAACUAAAGGUAAAAAAGGAGCUGAAGAAGUCUUUGAUACAGAUGAACAUCCACGUCCACAAUCAACUAUGGAACAAAUUUCAAAAUUACCAGCUGUAUUUAUUAAAGAUAAAGGAACAGUAACAGCUGCUAAUGCUAGUGGUAUAUGUGAUGGUGCUGGUGCUGUUAUUCUUUGUAAUGAAGAAGCAUUGAAAAAACAUAAUCUUAAACCAUUAGCUCGAUUAGUAGCAUAUCAUGUUAGUGGAGUUGAUCCAUCAAUAAUGGGUUUUGGUCCAGUACCAGCAAUUGAAAAUUUAUUAAAAAAAGCUAAAAAACAAAUAUCUGAUAUUGAUUUAUUUGAUAUAAAUGAAGCUUUUGCACCACAAUUUGUUGCAUGUCAAAAAGCUUUGAAAUUACCAAAUGAAAACACUAAUGUUAAUGGAGGUGCUAUUGCUCUUGGACAUCCAUUAGGUGCAUCAGGUACACGAAUAACAGCAAAUCUUGUAUAUGAAUUAAAACGACGUCAAGGAAAACAUGCUGUUGGUGCUGCUUGUAUUGGAGGUGGUCAAGGUAUUUCGUUAUUAAUUGAGCGUGUUUAA